GUGCUGGCGUCAUCGCCCACUCCCCGUUCCCAUUCCACUGGCUUUCUCUUAGUUCCAUGCCACUUUUCAUGCCUUAAGAUGCGAUACUUGAAGAAUACUCGUGUAAGCCUAGGUACCUCUCGGCAUGGUAGGUCCUAGUGAAGCAUAUUGCUUAGUCAGUCCCGGCCGUUCAAACUACCUAUCGCAAGAAGGUAGGUGGUUGGAAUGUCCCGGAUGAGCUGAGCUGAACUUUGAACGACAUCCCUUGCCACAUUCUGAGUCCUCCCAAGUCAGUCUCCGAGCAACCCAGGAUCAAAAUACUCAAGCGUAUAAGCACCUGCCUACCUGAGUAGAUUGGUAUAUAGAACUUGGGUAAGCCCUGGAUCACUACAUACCUCUCCCUUCUCAUCCUCAUCUCUCAAGAUCCCGGGCUCACUCUUUCUUUCCGAGUUGUAGCCAUGGCUUCUACGUGCGCUACCAUGACCCCGACCGGUCAAGUACGUCAGCAUUCGGGGGGCUAUCUCCCAAUCGAGAACUAUGGGUUGAUAGGGAAUAUGCGGACCUGUGCCCUAGUGGGUAUGGAUGGGAGCAUCGACUUCAUGUGCUGGCCCGACUUUGACUCUCCGUCUGUCUUCUGCCGGCUUCUGGAUAAGGACAAGGGAGGAUACUUCAGCAUCCAUCCCGACUCCAGCCUCUCAUGCACGACCAAGCAGCAAUACAUGCCCUCGUCCAAUAUUCUACAAACUCGCUAUAUCAACGAAGUCGGUGUCGUUGACAUUGUGGACUUCUUCCCAAGGCCAAAGAACGCCAGCGUCAUAGCCAAGGGUCCCAGGCAGAACCCUUAUCGGGAAAUCAUGACUGUCCAAGAGGAGCUUAAGAGAUGGCUCGUCCGACGAGUAGAGUGCAUCCGCGGAACGCUUUCCUUGGAUGUUGAGAUCUUUCCUGCGUUUGAUUAUGCCCUGGAACCCCACACCACUACCAUCGUUCAGCCUGUCCACGAGCCAGGAGGUGAGCGGAGCAAGACGGUGACUUUCCACAGCAAGAAUGUCAAGCUGCAGCUGGACGUCUCAAUUGAUCGGGGCGAAGAAGAUGCUGAGACUUGCCCGACUGUUGUGUUCAAAAAGGUCCAACGGCCCGGUAUGCUGGGAGAGGGUGUCGUAGCCAGCAUCGUGGUCCAGGAGGGGCAGGCCAUCUCCUUCAUCCUCCGCGACGACAUCCAAAACCACGUCACUGAACACAUUACAAGCUCCAUCCUCGAUUCUCAACAACACGACACCCAGGCUUUCUGGUACAACUGGAUCUCGAAGAGCAAAUACAAAGGCCGGUGGCGAGAAGUCGUCGCGCGCAGUCUCUUGAUCUUAAAGCUAAUGACCUAUGAACCCACGGGUGCCAUCAUUGCCGCCCCGACGUUUUCUAUUCCCGAGGAUAUUGGUGGUACUCGUAACUGGGACUAUCGCUACUGCUGGGUGCGAGAUUCGAGUUUCACCAUCUACAUCCUGCUUCGUCUGGGGUUCACUGCUGAGGCAGACGCCUACAUGGGCUUCAUCAGCGAACGGUUUAUGAAGUCGUCGUUUCCAGACGAGGGACUGCCCAUCAUGUUCACGAUCAGGGGCGAGACCGAUAUUCCCGAGAGGGAGCUAUCCCACCUGGAUGGCUAUAGGGGUAGCAAACCAGUCCGGAUCGGAAACGGGGCUGCUUUCCACAAGCAGUUUGACAUAUACGGUGAGCUGAUGGAUGGCAUAUAUCUGUAUAACAAGUACGGCAAGCCCAUCAACUGGGAGCAGUGGUGCUCGGUCCGCCACAUGCUCGACUACGUUCUCACCAUAAUGGACCAGCCGGACAUGUCCAUCUGGGAGGUGCGCAACAACAAACAGCACUUCACCUACUCCAAGAUCAUGCUGUGGGUGGCAUUCGACCGGGGCCUGCGCCUCUCCGAAAAGAGGAACUUCCCGUGUCAAAACCGCGCCAAGUGGCUCGAGGCCAGAGACUCGCUGUAUGAAGAGAUCAUGGAGAAGGGCUUCAACAAGGAGAUGAAUUGUUUCAUCCAAAGCUACGAGAACAACACAAUGCUCGACUCUUCCAUCCUCAUUGCCCCUCUGGUCUUCUUCAUUGCCCCCAACGACCCUCGCUUCCUCAGCACCAUGGAUCGAAUCCUGUUGCCACCCGAGAAGGGGGGGUUGACGAGCACCGGCCUCGUGUAUCGCUAUAACACAGAGGUCUCUGAAGAUGGCGUUGGAGGCCGCGAGGGAGCUUUCAGCAUGUGCGUUUUCUGGCUGGUGGAAGCCAUGACUCGGGCGAGCGUGUACGAGCCCAAGUAUCUGCCAAGGGCGAUCAAUCUCUUCCAGAAUAUCCUGAGCUUCUCCAACCACCUGAUGAUGUUCUCGGAGGAGAUCGCGCGCAGUGGCGAGCAGCUCGGAAACACUCCGCAGGCCUUCAGUCACUUGGCCCUCAUCAGUGCCGCCUUCAACUUGGAUCGUGUGUCAGAGUUUCAGAAGUAGGUAGAUGUCGGGUUGUUAAGGGCGGAGAGAUAUCGAAUACUUUUCUGAAAGUUUUAUGUUCUUGUAUUGCCACCGAGUAGGUACCCCUAAACUUAAAUGGUAGCUCUACUGUGCAAGUUGAAGAGAGAGAACGGGCGCCACCCAAGGAUCCGCACGCUUCGCCGAGGAGAGCCACCAGUGUCUCCGACUAAACUUACCUCCGCUUGUGGGAUAUUAAUAUGAGGGAAG